CCUCCUCCGCGGGAAACAAAAAUGGCGAGGGGCUGUGCUGGGGCCGGGCUGCCCGUGAGGCGGGUCUGACCGUCCCUCGCCGCCUUCCGCCUCGGCUCCGCGCCCGGGGGCCCGCUGCGCACCGAGCGCCUGGCCGUACCGCGCCGCGCCGCCGGGGGAGGCACCCGAGCUCGCCGAUUUCCCUGUAUGAGGCGGUUGGCACCACUGGAGAGACCGAAUGAGGAUAUUGUCCGAGUAGGCUGCGUUUGCUCGAGUGCGAAGGGAACAGCACAAAGAGGCCUUCCUUGCCGGAAAUGGAGGGGAAGUGUGUCUGAGCAAAACACAACAGGAGAAGAAUUAUGAAACCACAGAGACUCCGCAGCGGUGGGAAAUUCACUGGUCCAGAAGCGCUCUCCUUCUCGUCGCAGCCACAAGAGCUCAGCGUCUCUGGCCAAGCUGUCGGUCCAUGAUGGACAGAAAGCCAAAAAGCCACUUUGUAAAUUUGAGGAAGGUCAGGAUGUCCUAGCUAGAUGGUCAGAUGGCUUGUUUUAUCUUGGAACUAUCAAAAAGAUAAACAAACUGAAACAGAACUGCUUCGUCAUAUUUGAAGACAGUUCCAAAUCCUGGGUUCUCUGGAAGGACAUACAAACAGGAGCCACUGAGAGUGGGGAAAUGGUCUGUACAAUAUGUCAGGAAGAGUAUUCAGAAGCACCAAAUGAAAUGGUUAUAUGUGAUAAAUGUGGGCAAGGUUACCAUCAGCUGUGUCACACACCAAAUAUUGAUUCCAGCGUGAUUGAUUCAGAUGAUAAAUGGCUCUGUCGACAGUGUGUAUUUGCAACAACAACAAAGAGAGGUGGUGCGCUUAAGAAAGGACCAAAUGCCAAAGCACUGCAAGUCAUGAAACAAACGUUACCAUAUAAUGCAACAGACCUUGAGUGGGAUGCAGGUCAUAAAACCAACGUCCAGCAGUGUUACUGCUAUUGUGGAGGACCUGGAGACUGGUAUCUAAAGAUGUUGCAGUGCUGCAAAUGUAAACAGUGGUUUCAUGAGGCUUGUGUGCAGUGCCUCCAAAAGCCAAUGCUUUUUGGUGACAGGUUUUAUACGUUCAUUUGCUCAGUUUGCAGUUCUGGACCAGAAUACCUCAAACGUUUACCCUUGAGAUGGGUAGAUAUAGCACAUCUAUGCCUUUACAACCUAAGUGUUAUUCAUAAAAAGAAAUAUUUUGAUUCGGAGCUUGAACUUAUGGCCUACAUUAAUGAAAACUGGGAUAGAUUGCAUCCUGGUGAGCUGGCAGACACACCAAAAUCUGAAAGAUAUGAGCAUGUCCUGGAGGCAUUAAAUGAUUACAAGACUAUGUUUAUGUCUGGAAAAGAAAUAAAGAAAAAGAAGCAUUUGUUUGGCUUGAGAAUUCGAGUUCCUCCUGUGCCACCGAAUGCUGCUUUAAAGGCUGAUAAAGAGCCAGAAGGAACUUCACAUGAGUUCAAAAUUAAAGGCAGAAAGUCAUCUAAACCAAUCCCUGAUGUGAGGGAAUUAAGUAAUGGUAUAGAAAGAAAGGGGAAAAAAAAAUCAGUAGGUCGUCCACCCGGUCCCUAUACAAGAAAAAUGAUUCACAAAACUCCAGAGUCAUCUCCUCUGGAUAAUGAACCAGUUCCAGUGAUAGAGAACCCAGCCUUGGAAUUACCCUGCACUGUUGGGAAAUCUGAUGGAACUGCACAUUCAUCCAAUACCUCAGAUGUGGAAUCCACAGGUGCUGCCAGUAUGAAAGAAACUACCUCAUCUAACAUUUCCAGACAUUAUAGUUUAUCUGACUCGAGAAAAAGGACUCGAACAGGAAGAACUUGGCCUGCUGCAAUACCACAUUUGAGGAGGAGAGGCCGCUUUCCACGAAAAGCACUCCAGACUCAAAAUUCAGAAAUUGUCAAAGAUGAUGAGAGCAAGGAAGAUUACCAGUAUGAUGAACUCAAUACAGAGAUACUUAACAACUUAGCAGAUCAGGAGUUACAGCUCAAUCAUCUGAAGAACUCCAUCACUAGUUACUUUGGUGCAGCAGGUAGAAUAGCUUGUGGGGAAAAGUACCGUGUGUUGGCUCGUCGGGUGACACUUGAUGGAAAGGUGCAGUAUCUGGUGGAGUGGGAAGGAGCAACUGCAUCCUGACUGUAGGACUGAACAUUAUGUUCACUGCACUGUCAUCUGUAAGUACAGUUCAUAAUGCAGAGCCACGAGAGAAAUGGUCUUUAAAUGUGUUUCUAAAAAAAAAAAAACAAAAACAAAACCAGUUUAGCCUUAACAUGUAAUUGUUAUCAUUACAGCUCUUGUGAUAAAGACUUAUCUUUUUAAAAUCUGAUCUGAGACUUAAAUUUUUUAAUCUGAACAUUGUUAGAUUGUUUUAGGUCGGGAUAUUUUGGGUUACAAUUGCUUAAAAAUGUGCAUGGUGUUUUAAAAAAGAUGACAUUUUCUAGAGAACAUUCCAUGGAUACAGUUAUUGUGAUUUAGAGAAAAUAUUAUGUAGAUAGCACAAAUAUUUGAAAAAUCUUGGUUUGUUUUCUUACCCAAAUGUUUGCAGAAAUGUAUUUCUAUUUCAAUACUUUCUAGAUUUCAUAAGUGCAGUGUAUAUAAUGCCUACUGAAGACUGUAAAAUACUGAAGUUUCUUUCAAACAAAGUGUAAAAAAAAAAAAAAAAAAUAUAUUGAGCCUGUAAAUUGCUCUGUGACCAGACUUCAUUGUCGUCUUAAUAUAUUCAGUGUGUGUGCGUGUGUGUGUGCUGUAUACUGAGGUGUAUAUGCACACACAGCCCUGGCGUGUAUAUAGAUGUGUGAUUGUGACCUAUGCAAUACAAAUUAUGGGAUCGGUCAGCUUCUGAGAACACAUCCCAUAAUUCUUUUUUCAGGAAUAGUUGUCAGUAUUUACACAGCAGCAUUUCUUCUCAGGCUUAUUGGGUGCUGUUGCUUUUUAUGUACUAAGGAAAAGUGUCCAACCAGUGCAGCGUGUUCUGGCAGUGGGUGCAGUCGAUGAUGGUCAUGUGCUCUACAUUCCAUUAUUUUCCAUUUGAAUUAACCAAUAAAAAAUAAUGCAGGAUCUAAAGAUUUUGAAAUUAAUUCUACUGGAUAUAACAAUUUGGAAGCUCUUGUGGCACUCUGAUUGUAAAUUUCAUGUCCCAGUUAUAAAGUAAGUUGACAGGAGUCAUGCAGGAUUUCUACAUACCCGUAGAACAGUCAUAUUUUGAUAAAUGUAAUAUGAAUUAAGUGUAUUAUUGCACAGGGUCAACAAAUGUUGCCAUUUGAAGUAACGUUACUGAUUUUAUUACAACAUUACCUCUUUUGUGUUUAUAAAAUGUACCAAGUUUUAAAUUGGUAAGAUUAUUUUACUUGUUAAAAAAAAGUCAAAAAGUCUCUUGCCAGUAUUAGAUAUUUUUUCUUUGUCUGCUACUUUUGAGGGGGUUUUAGCCAAAGAGUAAACAGAAGAAUAUUUUUACUUUGGUGGUUAUUCACUGUACUGUAUAAGGUUAGUUUUCUUACAUGCUUACAGUUUGCCACCAAAAUAAAAUUAUGUAACAUUAGCAAAUGACAGUGUGGUUUAAAGUGUACUGCCUGAGUUAGUACUUAUUUAUUCCAUUACUUGGUUAUUUGACUUUCUCUGCUCGUCUUGAACAUCUUGAAAAGGUGACUUUUUUUCUGAAUUUUUUUUGUCACCUUAUAGCCAAAGGAAGCAGAGAAAGCUUUUUAUCCUGUGUUUGGCUUAUGGCUGGAUGGGUUAUAUUAGCUUUAUAAAAAUGCUAAUUAAAAACUCCCACUUCUGUUUACCUUCACUAAAAUGUGUGGGUUUUUUCUCACACCCUCAGCUAUUAAUUUAAUGUUGCCUUGCCUAUAGCUGCAAUAUUUUGAUAACACAGCAACUUCAUGUUAAUUUUUGAAUGUUUAUAUCUUGAGAUAAUGCAAAAUGUAAAGCCUUUGUAACCUUACUCACACCAUCUGUAUUUGUCUUUAUUGUUUCACUUUAUCCAAGUCCUUUAAUUCUAACUGAACACCAGCAGUAUUUUUCAUAAAUAUUCAUUUAAAGAUAAAUAUUGGAAUGUACUUGGGGACUUAAGUGGGGGAGGUGUGGGGAGAAAAUACUUGUCAAACUUCAGCUGUCCAUAGGCCUAACUAUUGUGAAUGUUGUUUUCAUUUUAUUACGGUGGUUGACUUAACUCUGAUGUUCAGUUUGUAUUUUUGGAAUUGCUUUUCUCUUAGAAUUAAAAGACCAACAUUAAAUGUGUGUAUUUUUUGA